GAGAGAGGGAGGAAGGAGGUGAGGCCGGGAAGAUGCCACUGCCGGGGGCGGGGCGCGGCCGGGGAUCCGGGAGAGGGACUGCAGCGGUGCUUAGUGGGGGUUGGGGCUGCAGUGUCACUUAUUUGAGGGUCAGGUGUGUAUGUCCGGGGCUGAGACUGCCACUUGCCUACAUCUUCCCGGUACCACCCAGGGGGCAGAGACGGAGGCGGAGGUUAGGGGACUGCAGUACCGUCCCCGAAGCGGGACGCGAACCGACAGAGUUGGGAGAAGAGCCUCCGCGCCGGGGAGCUAAGCAUGCUGCCCCCGCGUGCAGCGCCCGCGUGCACCCAACCCAGAGAGGGGGCGACAGGGCGGAGGCGGUGGCCCCCGGAAGGUGUCUGGGACCGGACCCGCUGCACGUGAGCCCAGCGCGGAGUCAUGUGCACCGGCUCAGCCCGGUUCGGCGGCCGGACGUGCUGCGUAUCAACAAAAUGAAACUCAGGGCGACAGGAGGGCAGAUAGCUCCAGGUCCUCGGAACGCCCAUCCCCGGCGGAACGACCUCCCCACCACUGCUGUCUCCCGCCGCAGCCCCUCCGCGCGGCCAGAGCCCGCGGGGCAAGUUGCAGCCCUGGCGCGCCCCCGCCCGCCCGCGCCCCCUCACCGGCCCGGGGGCGCUUUGCCGCAGUCAUUAAUAAAGAAGGUCGCCAAGCUCACCCUUCCAAAAGUUGUUGUUGCAUGCGCCCCUCUCAGCCUCCCCGCAAUGUACUCUUUAAAACACGACUGA